UAAAGUUAACCGGUCCGAAGGGCGCAGACAUGGCGUCAACACGCCCCUUUCUCUUCGUCCAGAACACCGGCACAUUGUGUUUGGGCCCAAGGCUACGAAAUUCAUGCCGCCCCCACGUUCAGCCCAUCGCCGCCCUUGUUGAUAGCUUUCGUGCGCUGAGCGCAUGUCCCUCCUCGGCUUUCAUGCCAUCAAGUCUUUCAGGCGGGAAGACCAGCCCCUUCUUCUCGGAAGCCUGUUGCUCAAAGGCACGUUUUCUUCCCUCAAACAAAGAUUCCUUGGAGAAUGCGUCAAGAAAACUGGAGGGACUUUUUAAAACUGCAGCGCUCGAAAGACGUGCGUUCUCAAGCAAUUCCCAGCUGGGCAGUCGCAUCGUGACGGAGCUUUUGGACAGAAGACGAGGAGAAUUGCAAAGCAGGGGCAUCAGGAGCAUUACGGCUGCUUACAGACCAGCUGGUGCUCCUGGUGGUAUGGAGGGGGAGGCCCCUCAAAUACUCAGACCACAAGUGGCGAUCUAUUGGGACCUGGAUAACAAGACUCCCAACCAGGACCCCCGCGUCGUGGCCGACCGCAUCCGUGCCAUUGGGGAGCGCUUUGGCCAGGUCAAAGAGUUCCGGGCGUAUGCCAACCGCCACACAUUCCAGCACAUCCCGUCGUACGUCCGGGAAGAAAGGGAGCUUCGGAAGCAGGUCCGGUUAGAGGAGCGGCAAGGGGUUCGGGUUUCGGACGAACCCUAUCGGUGCGGGGUUUGCGGGGCGAAGCUGAAAACGGCGGACAAACUGGAGAAGCACUUCAAGCAGCUGCACGAAAGGGAGCGCCAGAAGAAGGUCAACAGGGCGCAGAGCCUCAGCAAAAAGAAACCGUCACAAUCGAAGCGCCUUUUCGCCAAGAUCAAAGAGAAGGACGCACGCAACACGUACUUCGACGUCGCUCGUGACAUCAUCACGCCGAAAGUGGGCUACCGGCUGAUGUCAGACCUGAAAAGCCGGGGCGUGCGCGUGCGGGAAGUAAAGGAUCAGUCACAAGCCGCGGACGCGGCGAUCAUAAGCGAUCUGGAGUAUCUCCUAACCAAACCAAACCACGUCGAGUCGGUGGUGCUGGUUUCGGACGACUCUGACUUCGGACGCGCGCUGGCGCGGGUGCGGGCGUCCGAGCGGCGGGUUGUGGUGGUCGGGGAAAAGCCGGGGCUGGUCAAGUCGGCGGACGUGCUGUACCACUGGUGGGACGUGCACGAGGGGCUCGCAAACCGGCCCGACUACCGGUGUCCGCCGGAACGCUUCGAGCAUCGGCAAGGGCCCCGAGUGGGCGGACUGGAGGCCCACGAACUAGAAGCGGACGAUUACGAGGAGUUCGAAGAGUUCGGCGAGGGCGAUGAGUUCGGGGGACUAGACGAGUACGGAAACUACCGUGACGCUGACGUGGACGAGAUUCUUUUUGGAAGGUCUUUCGAGGAGUCCCGAAGUUGGCGGCGGUGAUAAGCUCAGGACGGAAGGGGAUAAGUGAUGGGGGAUGAGAAUUCGAGGAGAUUCACAAAGGUUUAUGAAUGACGUGAACGUCGUAGAUGCGUGCUUCCUUUUGCGACACAUAACGGGCUGAUUCGGCUUUUGCAAUAGCUGCCACCUGUUCUGUCGGGCACGAAAAUUGAAAGCCCAGUGCAAACUAAUGCAGAGAAGGGGCCAGCAGUAGUUCGAUCCGCUCAUUGCUCACGGAUAGUGUAUAUACGGCUUUGCCUCUCACCGCCUUCGCAUAUGCCUUCUCGCCCAAUCAAUACCCUUGCACAAUCCUGACAAUCGUGCAGUGACAACGUUAGCCGAGCGAGAUUGUUUGAACUAUAUGAAUCGCCUUUCACAAAGAAUCGCCUGCGUUGCGAUCUCAAGUUGCAACAA